CCGUGAACAUUGCAAAAUAUUUCAUCUCCAAGAACUGAAGAAAACUUUGGUGCUUACCGGUUUUGGGAAUGCAAUUUCAAGACAUUUUUGUAUGUAUGUGAUAUGUCCUUGUGCAUAAGUUCUUCUGUAGAAACAAGUUUCCAAACUGAGAUUUUAGUUGUACUUUUCAAUCAAGUGACCGAAGAAAUCACUAAGUGGUUAUGGAAACGUGACAACCGGGUAGACCUAAACCUUAAAACAAGAAGAUGGAGGUGAAGCAUGAUGAUGGUAACCCUCUGCAGUUAGGAGACAGAAUUAUCUAUGAUGGACACUUUGCAACUGUUCGCUACAUUGGAGAAAUUACAAACACUAAAGAUUCCUGGAUUGGUGUGGAGUGGGACGAUUCCUCCAGGGGAAAGCACAAUGGAACACAUGAAGGGAAAUACUACUUCAGUACUGAACACCCCACUGGUGGGUCUUUCGUGCGUCCAAAAAAGGUGAAGAUGGGGGUGAGUUUUUAUAAUGCUUUCCAGGAUCGCUAUGGAGAAGAGCAAGGAGAGGAAGCAGGAGUAAUCACAGCCGAACUCUUUGUUCUUGACAACAACAAGAAAAAAACAGUAGUGGAAAUGGUUGGCGCUAAGUCUGUAAACAAAAAGCAGAGCCAGCUGGCCAGUCUGGUAGAGGUUAUGGUGCGUGACAUGGCGGUCUAUGGUGUUGGUCCACACUCUUCUGAGUUAAGGACACAUGGACAUAGUGUAGAAGAGCUAGAUAUGGCUCAGAAUCUGUUGCCCUCAUGGUGUAAAGUGGCAGCCAUCACAGAAUGUCUGCCAGGAUUAAGGAGUCUCAAUGUCAGCGAAAACAAAUUAGUACUUCCCUCUAAUACAGCGGAGUUACAGUCAGCAUUUCCAUGUUUGAAGGUCCUGUAUCUAAAUAGGAUUCCAUACAGCUGGCAAAAGAUACUGGAGUGCAGUCUUAUGUUUCCUCUUCUACAACAAUUACACAUCUGUUUUAAUGGCAUUACAAACUUGUCAGACCCUCAAGGUCGCCUGCAGAAUCUUACCCUCAUCAACCUAGAAUCCAACAAUGUACAGUCAUGGUCACAAGUACUUCAUCUCAGUCGUUUACCCAAGUUAGAAAGUCUGAUUGUGAGUGACAACAACAUUGAUGCCAUUGCCUUACCAGAUGUGAAUUAUGGUGAAACAAGUCAACACUUCCAAGCCUUGAAAUACCUUUGUGUCAACUACAACAAAAUAUCAGAGUGGUCUAGUAUUAAUGAACUCAACAAGUUAAAAAGUUUAAAGGAGUUGAAGAUGAUCCAAAACCCUCUGUUAAAUACAGCUAUACCAGAGACAGUACGCCAACUCAUCGUGGCCAAAGUAGCCAGUCUGGAGCACUGUAACAGGACUCGGGUCACAAAGGAGGAAAGGCGAGGGUCAGAGAUUGACUAUCUCAAGAGAUUUGGCCAGCUCUGGAUUAAGUCUGGAGGCUCUCAGGAUGAAAAUAAAAACAACCCAAGUACAGAGUUCACUAAUGAACACCCUCGCUACCAGGAGCUUGUCAGAGUGUAUGGACCUCCUGAAAACUCUGAGAUGAAUCAGAAAGAAAAAACCCUAAAAGACAGUUUAAUCACGGUCACUAUAACCAGCCCCUUUGAUCCUGACAAGGGUUCUAAACAGAAGAAAAUCCCAGGAACCAUGACGGUACAGAAACUGAAAGCUUUAAUCAUGAAGCUGUUUAAGUGGGAUGAUAGAGAGCUACAACUUUCCUAUGAAACAAAAAAGAUGAAACAUGUUGAAAUAGAAUUAGACAACGAUCUUCGUGCGGUUUCCUUUUAUUCUAUAGAGCCUGGUGACACAAUACUAGUACGGUGGUAAUCAGUAUGUUCAUUGCUGGAAACAUCAUACAGUUGUGUAGCCAUUCACUUAGACACCAUACAGGUGUGUUGGUAAUCCUGGAGACACUAUCCAAGUCUUUUGUUAAUGGACACAAAUACAGGUGUGUUGGUAAUCCUGAAGACACUAUCCAUAUCUAUUGUCAAUGGACACAAAUACAGGUGUAUUGGUAAUCCUGAAGACACUAUCCAAGUUUUUUGUUAAUGGACACAAAUACAGGUGUGUUGGUAAUCCUGAAGACACUAUCCAAGUCUUUUGUUAAUGGACACAAAUACAGGUGUAUUGGUAAUCCUGAAGACACUAUCCAUAUCUAUUGUCAAUGGACACAAAUACAGGUGUGUUGGUAAUGUGUGGAGACACUAUCCAAGUUUUUUGUUAAUGGACACAAAUACAGGUGUGUUGGUAAUCCUGAAGACACUAUCCAAGUCUGUUGUGAAUGGAGACACAUACAGGUGUGUUGGUAAUGCCUGGAGACACUAUCCAAGUCUAUUGUUAAUGGACACAAAUACCAGUCUGUUGGAAAUAUAUGGAGACACUAUCCAAGUCUGUUGUGAAUGGAGACACAUACAACUGUAGAAGUGUGUUUUUACCUAUUUGGGAUAUCAUGUAAGUGUAUUUGGUAAUUGCUGGAGACAGACAAGUGUGCUGGUACAUACAUUCCUCGAAACGCUGUUUAAAUGUGAUACUUAGAUGUUGAUAUGGAGGCAUUCAUAUGUACAUAUCUUCCAAAUCCAUGGGUUCUUUUCUUAAUAUAUGUAAUCUUAUUAUCUUGUCUGUACCCUUGGACUAUGUCCUUUCAAAAUUGAAGGUGUACUUGGCAGUUUGAUUAGCUCCAAAUAUCAAAGCUGGCCAAUCGCUAGACUGAUACCUGUGCAGUGAAAAUAAGUCAGGUAGUAACAAAUACACCCAAAGUAGUGAAUCCACCAAGACCCUCCUAAUACAGGAUCAGUUGAAUGGUUCGUGUAUCUUUAUCAUCCACAAACUGAUGUACAGAGUUGAUGAUUCUUUGAUGAAUAUUGUCUACUGUGCAGACAUAUAUUGAGAACAAAACCCGUGGAUUUUGGAUUUUGUAGAUGUAUAAAAUGGUGCUUAACACUUGCUUGUAUGUAGAAUUAUAUGAAAGUUCAUAGGUCUAUGAAGAUUUUAAAGGUUGUUAUUGUGUACCAGAUGUAACUGUUUAGAGUAUAAUACACAUUAAUUAUCAUUGUGUAAGUCUGAUCAUCCAUAUGUUUUAGUCUGGAGAGAUUAACAAGUGGUUGAUAUAAUUGUUUGUGAGAGUGCUUCAUCACAGACUGAUUGUAUGUUUCUGUUUUACCAGUCUCUAUUGUUUUUUGUAAAGAACAGUGUUUACUAAAUUACUAGUUUAAGUUAGUCAUUAUAAGAUAGAACAAAUGAGAUACUAUUAUAAUUGUUAUGAUGAAAUUGUAAACUAAGUACACAGUACAAAUAUCAGGACAUUAGUACACAGUACAAAUAUCAGGACAUUAGUACACUGUACAAAUAUCAGGACAUUAGUACAAUGUACAAAUAUCAGGACAUUAGUACAUAGUACAAAUAUCAGGACAUUAGUACAUAGUACAAAUAUCAGGGUGUUAGGAUAAGGUACAAAUAUCAGGACAUUAGUACACAGUACAAAUAUCAGGACAUUAGAACACUGUACAAAUAUCAGGACAUUAGUACACUGUACAAAUAUCAGGACAUAAGUACACUGUACAAAUAUCAGGACAUUAAUACACAGUACAAAUAUCAGGACAUUUGUACACAGUACAAAUAUCAGGACAUUAGUACACAGUACAAAUAUCAGGACAUUAGUACACAGUCAAAUAUCAGGACAUUAAUACACAGUACAAAUAUCAGGACAUUAGUACACAGUACAAAUAUCAGGGUGUUAGGAUAAGGUACAAAUAUCAGGACAUUAGUACACAGUACAAAUAUCAGGACAUUAGUACACAGUACAAAUAUCAGGGCGUUAGGACAUAGUACAGAUAUCAGGACAUUAGUACACAGUACAAAUAUCAGGGUGUUAGGACAUAGUACAAAUAUCAGGACAUUAGUACACAGUACAAAUAUCAGGACAUUAGUACACAGUACAAAUAUCAGGGCAUUAGGACAUAGUACAGAUAUCAGGACAUUAGUACACUACAAAUAUCAGGGUGUUAGUACAAGGUACAAAUAUCAGGACAUUAGUACACAGUACAAAUAUCAGGACAUUAGUACAUAGUAGAAAUAUCAGGACAUUAGUACACUGUACAAAUAUCAGGGUGUUAGGACAUAGUACAGAUAUUAGAUUGUUCGUGCACAAUACAUAUGAACACUACAAAUGUCAGGGUGGUGUAAGUAUGUUUAUCAAGUUACAGAAACAAAAUACCUAAUGUUGCACAAGGUAGAUUAUUUGCAAUCUGUUGAAGCUUCGAGUGUGUUCCAACCAAAGUGCUACUGCAUCAAUAGAUGUACUAUCAAAUUAAAUGAUUUGAAAAUGGU